AGCAAAUUUACAAAUAUUAUCAUAUAAUUGUGGAACCACGUCACAUUUUGGCGUAAAAAUGACGGGAAACUCUCGGGAAAGAGCGCUCAAACCUAUCAGAAGUGAACACACACUUCCCGAUUUAAAUUUAAGGUGGAAUUUUGACGAAUUAUGUUUUUUAAGAGGGCAGCAGAUCGCAUUUUAAAAUGGCGAGUAAAGUUGGUCGUUGCAUACAGUUGUGGUUGAUGCUUCUCCUGUGCUGGUAAGCGAGAGAUAGUUCUUAUAUACUCCGAGUCGUUUGAAAAACUACUUUAAAGAGAGAAUAUAUAUAAGUACGUUGUGUGUUUUGGACGCUCUGUUUUGUACAAAUUGUCGCCAACAUGUUUUGUGUUUUUGCUUCAAAAUUUUAGGUUUGUGCUUCGUAGCGACCCUGUUUCGCAAGACCCCGAAUCGGAGAGCGAAAAUUUAUCAACUGAAAAGGUAUAUUUAAAGCCAAUUUGACCCGUCUAAUGUGUCGUUUGAAAUAAUUUAUAAGCAUCAACGAUUCACUGAGAUUUUAGGCGUGCUUAUGCGGUUUGCGGUUGUGAACUGUGCUUGAAUUCUCGUGGUUUUUAUACCAAACCUUAUAAUAUAUUAUUUUGUCAAAGUUAUUAAUCAAAUUGUAACAUGAUCUUGCUUUUCCAACGUCUGGUUUUAUAUAAACAUUGACUUUUGAUUUGGCAUUCAAGUGUUCUCUUUGACAUGUUGCUUAAAAUCGAAUGAUAUGUUUUGUUUGACUUUUAAAAUCAAUAUCAGUAGUCAUUGAUGAUAUUUUAAAACCUUUGCAACAUGUGUUGAUAUUAAAAACCCCGAUAUUCUUUAUAAAGUACAGUUUAUUUGGAGGCUAAUGUUUAACUGGGAGACAUGUCAAUUAGCAGGUGGGAUUCAAUAUUAUUAGAUCUAUAAUGUCAAUCAUUAUCACAAAAACAUGUCAUCAUAUGGUUGGCUGGUUUCUUGAAGCUGGUCAAGCCUGAUUUAACCUUGUUUUAUUUCAAAUAUUGGGUACCGUACUUUACACUGUACCGUAUCGCAAGUAUUUGAUGGCGUGUGUGCUGAUGGUCUUUCCGUUCUUUUAUUGGCGUGUUUUGAUGGUGCAUGUAUUCGGUGAUUACUCUGGUACGGUAAAGUGUAAAAUUUCCCAAAUAUUAAUAAUGCUGUGCACAGGAAAUUUGUUGACAAAAACAUUAAUGGUUUUGAAGAUGGGAGAUAAUACUAAUCCUUUUUUAAAAUCCAUCAAUGGACAACUCAAGGCAAAUAAUUACCAUUACUGUCGUUCCAAUUGAAGUGUUGCUCAAAUAUUGAUUCAAUACAUUACCUCGGGCUGACCAAUUCAUUUCAUCAAGUUCCUCGAGAUAUUCAUACACUUCCUAGUAUAAUUGUAAACUUCCUGUUGAAUAGUUUGAAUGCACCAAUCACCUUUGUUGUUUGUGCAACUAACCAAUCAUAAAUAGAAAGAAAGUGACCAGAAAUGAUCAAAUACUUGGAAUUGGCUCUUUCACAGGAAGUGUAUGAAUAUCUCGAGGAACUUGAUCAAAUGAAUUGGUCAGCCCGAGGUAAUGUAUUGAAUCAAUAUUUGAGCAACACUUCAAUUGGAACGACAGUAAUGUUUUUUUUUAAAACCAUUAAUGGUUUUAUUGAUAUUAACAUAAUGGUAAUCAUAAUUUUACCAUGAACGAUAUUGUUGGUUUGUUCUAUAUCACUUGAUGGUGAUUAUAGUUUUUACCAUGAAUGAUAAGAAUGGGUUUUACUUAUAUUACAUAAUGUUAUUUGCUGUGAAUAUUGAUGCGAAUAUUUCCAACAAAAUCUAUAUUGGAGGUAUUCAAAUGAAAUCACUUAAUGGGUACAUUAAUGUGAAUCAAAAUUCCGACAAUUUGCAGAAAAAGAACAUUGCUGAAAAUUGUGUAUUGUUUUCAACAAUUUGAAUGGUUUUAAUGAAAGUACAUUUUGAAAAAAAUAAACCAUUAAUGGAUUAUUUUUUCACAUUAACUAUGUUACCGUAUUGAAUUUGUAAAUGGGAAUUAUCAAUAUACCAUAUUAUAGAAAUUCCAUUCAUAGGUUUUUUAAUUUUUAAAACAAAAAGACACCCUUGUGUAAUGAUGCUUAACCCUCUAAGUGGCAAUGCGCCUAGAUGUGCCCUACUUUAUUAUUUUACUCUGUCUAAUGCCAGACGAUUUUACUUGUCAGGGGGAGAGUGCUACCACUCAGUGGGUUAAUCAGACCAUGGAUUGUAAAAUAACUGGAUAGGAAACUUCCUGACGUCACAGUCUAUUAAACCUAGUUGCAAUCUGUGACGUUACGUGUAUUGCCAAAGUUAUCGGCAUUUUUGUUGUUUUCGCUAUAUUUUCCGCUUUAAAAGAGUAAUAUUGAAGCAUAAACUGGUCUAAUUGUUUUAAAAACAUGCCUAAGCCACGAUAAAGUAUUCAGGGUAAAUGUUUUUCAUCUUCGUUUUGUAUUUUUUUUACAUUUGUAGCUACGAAAUUGGCAUCGCCAAUUUUAACAAAAUUCGCGGUGCAUUUUUCACUGCUUGAAAUUGACCAGGAAUACUUAGAGAUUUUAUCGUAGAAUGGCCUAGUUAUAUUUAUCUGCUCUUUGACUAAAAUGCUUAUCUGUAUUAUCGCUAAACAUGCCGUUUAAUUUUGAGAAUUUGGUUUGCAACUAGGUUUCAACGCCAUCAUCCCAUUGAAAACAUUAGGUCAUGUCAGCUAGUUUCCUAUCCAUGUAUUUUAUUAUCCAUGAUCAGACUAUCUGCCCAUGCACCCUGUUAACCCUUUAAGUGGCAAUGUGCCCCACCUUAUUAUUUUACUCUGUCUAAUGCCAGAUUAUUUUACUCGUCCUGGGGGGAGAGUGCUGCCACUCAAUGGGUUAAUAUUAUAAUUCUAGGUGAAUCUUGGCUUCACUGAACAAGUGGUAACCCCUCCUUUGGUUUCAAUCCAUCACACAGAAACCAUAAUUCCAGACAUCUUGGAUCAAAAUACUCUAGUGACAAGACCUGCUAUUGCGCCAGCCACGCCUUGGGAUGACACUCAAAUACUAUCAACUGUCUCAGAACAAGGUGCAAAACCUGACUCUUCCACGGAACGUGAAAUUAUAACUGAGGAACGAAUCCCUGACACAAGUCCUUUUGAAAACCUCAAGGAAGCACUGUCUUCAGAUGACAUUGGAAAAGAUGGACCAGAGGUGCAAUGUUAAUAAUUAUGUUAUUACAGUCGAUUUCACAAAACAUUUGCCAAAAUGUUACCAAGUUCGUUCUGAAGUUCGUUCUGAAGUUUGUUCUGAAGUUCGUUCUGAAGUUCGUUCGAGGUAUAGAUGUUUUCUGGAAUGACCCAAUGGUACCAAAUGAAUAUUAUGUCUCUUUCUAGGUGGAUAAUUCUGGUAAUGUUGCUGAAGAUGAUAUCAAGAAACUAAUUAAAAGUUUAGAUCCAGUGGAAAUUGUUAAUGAGAGGGAAGAUCUCCCGUCAGAAACUGUUGUUCACAGUAGCGAAACUGAUGGUGAAGUAGAAAAUAUUGAAAACACCAAAAAGGAGGAUGCAAGUGAAGGUCAAGCAAGAAUAGAGAAUGACUCACCUGAAACAGAACAAUUCAAGUAUGUGCAAUGAUUAACUUCAAAGCGUUUCCUGGGACCAGGGGGCGAUUGUGCAAAGGCAUGUAGUAAAACACUGACUACCGGAACACCGGAACACCGCUGGAACACCACCGGAACACCACCUAACCCUAACCCCAACCCUAACCCCCAACCCUAACCCUAACCCCAACCCUAACCCCCAACCCUAACCCUAACCCCAAACCCUAACCCCAAACAAAAUGGUGGUGUUCCGGUGUUCCGGUGGUGUUCCGGUGUUCCGGUAGUCAGUGUUUUACUACAUGCCAUUGUGCAAAGGCCGUACGCUAUCCGCCAGAUAGUGAAUUUUUCAAACUUUCUAAAAUUAUCCAUUUAUUGUAACUUAAUGUGUUAACCUAAGGUUGCUGCUAAAUACGGUAGGUAUCCUGAGCAAAAUUAAUUUCUUUACAGAAUUCCUGACAAUGAGGUGACAACAUCUACAAGCAACCACAACGUAGAUAAGCUACCAUCACAACCUGAUGAAUUACCAGAUGAACAUGUCCACUAUGAGGACUCUACAGGGCCACAGGACGUUGAAGGUAAUGUAAUGUAAUGGUUUUGUUAACCCAUUAAGUCUCCACACUCUCCCUUUGAUGAGUAAAAUCAUGGUAGAAAUUAAGGUUAUGUAUAACCUUAACCAUGAUUCACUCGUGCAUUAGGACUGGCAGAUAUAUAUUCAAUUUAAGAUGUCCAAAAAAAGCGUGGUGACCCCCAAUUUUUUUUCGUACAUUAUUUUACUUCGACGAAAAGCUAACAAUUAGAAAAAUAUAAAAAAAUUCUGUAUGUAAAAUUCAGAAUUUUUUUAUUUUUUGUAUAAAGAAAGUUUUUAGCGGUGCAAUACAGCAUGCAAAAUUUGAACAUAGGUCACCAGACAAAAUAAAGAGAUAUAGCACAUUGUUUUUCUAAAAUGGAAAAUUCUAAUGACGUCAGCAAUUGACAUAAAACGCUAUAGAACACGCGCAAUGGCGUGAUAUGGCGCGAGCAACUGCUCACGUCAGGUCAUUUUGGAAGUUCUUUCAUUUUGUUAAUCAGUUUCCGCGACAUGCGCGUAAAAAUGGUCACCCGGUUUUGAGUUUGCGAUUCUUGAGCAGGGUUUUUGUGAUAACUAUAUGGAGCCACCUUAAGAUGCCCAUUCUAACAUGUACAUUCAAGAUGUCAUGGAUAUUCAUGUCCAAUUUAAGAUGUCCAUUCAAACAUGUCCAGCUGAAAUACAUCAUGCCGAAAUACAUCAUGCCAAUGUAAAAAAAGAAAAAAUUUUACUUUGUCCAUUGUCUGAGAAAAAUUUUAUAAAUGUCCAACCAAUUUUUGUCUUGGCCGGACAUUUGUCCUUCCAAAUAAAUUCAUUAUUUGCAGACCAGCCCAAACCAUUAUCAAUCUUGCUACCUUGAUGUUCCAUGUAAUUAUGUAUUCACAAUAACAUGUUUUUAAAAUAUGUAUACUAGCUACAGCUGAGGAUCUUGGCAGUACACCUGAGGAUCUUGAAGGUACACAGGAGGAUAUGCCUUCCUUUAACGAAUGGAGUCAGAAAUUCCUCGCCCAGGAAGAGGAGAAAAAAGUGGCACAAAUUAACGAGAAAGGAAGCCUUGACCCUAGCACCCAACAAAAGAAAAAGAUCAUCGAUCACAAACAGAACAAUUAUGCCUCUGUAGACUGUGGGGCCAAUAUCCCAGAGAAGAACCAGGAGGCCCGAAAUCCAAACUCAAUUCUGCUGGAAAACAAAGAUUUAUACAUGUUGAAUCCGUGCAGCGCUAACGUAUGGUUUAUUGUUGAACUCUGUGAUCAUGUUCAGGUUACAUCGUUACAGCUUGCGAAUUUUGAAAUGUUUUCAUCGACCAUUGAGAAAUUUCAAGUGUCGUUUAGUACCAGAUAUCCUACACGAGAGUGGAGUCCAGUGCAGGAAUUUGUUGCCAAACCAGAGAAAACCAUACAGACGUUCACGAUAGAUCCAACUUUUGCCAAGUACAUGAAGGUAGGGUGAUAGCUAUCUUUACUUGCAGUUGAGAGUUAAGCUGAAUUGCGAAGGAAUGCAUUUAACCUGAUCUAGUUGAAGCCAAAAUUAACUUGUUUGCCAAUAACAGUAGUAAGACUUCGACAACUUAAGCUUGUUUUCCACUUCACUAUUUCGCUCGCCACCCCGCGCGCACGAUUACAUUAAAAUAUAAUUUCCGGUUCACUUUUUAUACAUUACUCUGAUUCUCCAUUUAACAGACGAGCCUCUUGUCCUGGACUAAGGUACAUUUUAAUUUACGUCAGACAAAGCUACAGUUCGGUCGGACACCAAUACACUCAGGCCGGACAAACAAUAAACCUCAGUUUCACUUAGAUCGGACAGAAUGUCUGGCGGUUUCCUCUCUACGUCAGACAAUUUUACGAAUGGGUCCGACAAUGUCCGUGACCGACCGAUAUUUUAAGGCCUGGAGUUGAAGGCUUUCAAAGGCGCCCGCCCCCUUCCCCCAGUCUCGUACGCCUAUGGUGAAUUAGCUGAUUUCAUAAUCUGUUUUCAUUGCAGGUAGAGCAGCUAAGUCACCACGGCUCAGAACAUUACUGUCCUUGGAGUUUACUUCGCGUCUAUGGUAACAGCAUGGUUGAGGAAUACGAAGAGCAUGAAUCAUCACAAGACGGCAACCCCAGUGGUAUUGACGAAGAUCUGAAUACUUCAUCUAACACCACUGAAGAUAAACAAAUUCCUCAAGGCAUUCUUAAAAGUGCCACCGAUGCUGUAUUGAAUUUUGUCAAAGAAACGGCCAAGAAGCUUGUAAAUACGGAAGACAAUACGAACUCGACCAGUAAUACAACAAAUACCACCAAGUAUCGGGAAGAUAACUCUACCCAACCGCUGCCACCAAAGACUAUCGUCCAACUUAUGCCACGCGAGGAUUAUGAAGCCAGUUGUCAUGAAGAUAAUGACGAAACUCCCACCACGUGUUUGUCAGGAAGCGAGUGCGGCUCAACGGAGUCUAUCCCUCAUUCUCAUCAGGCUUUUCUGGAGGUUGUCCGUAACAUAUGCGGCCGAAAUAUGAAGAGUGCCGAGGCUUGUCUUAAUAAAUUUAAUAUAACUUCAGCUGCCAAUACCACAAACAAGGAUGAAAAUUUGAGUAAGAAUACCACAGAGAGAAAUUUAAAUUCAGUUAAUAACGGUGCAAGGAAUCAGGAUUUGGAAGAAGCUGACGGUCGGACUUUACCGGAAGAAGAGAAUGGAAGUGUUAGUGAUUCUACCGUAUCUGAUGGCAUUGAAAAGCAAAAUACACAAAAACCUGAAGACAGUACGAAUUCAAAUGAAACUAUGCCUUCUGACUCUAGUUCAGCAUCGAAACCUGUUCACACAGAUGUUCAGUCAAGCAAUAAUAGCCCAGUAACCUCAACCAUAUUACCUAGCAGUAUUACAAGUAACAGUCUCAGUAGCAGCAGUGUAAAAGUUGCUGCAAUUAGCAGUAGUGUUACAAGCUCAAUAGAUGCGUGUGACUUUGAUUGUGCUUCGGGGCCAACACCUUUACCACAGCCACCGUUAGCUGUGGAUGACGAACCGAAUUUGGUGGAGCAACCAACACGUCAACCCGGUACCAAUCCGAUGGAAACUAUUCCUGAAGAGCAUUCAGAUACUCCAAAGUCUAUACCAAGCGAGAACAUAGAUUCUAGUAGAGCUAGCGAGGGUACUCCCAAAGUCAGUGAUAGCCCGACUUUAGACCAUGGGACUAUAUCUUCAUCAAGUAUUAUCACAGAAAGUACAAGUCAAGCUUCAGAAAAUAUUUUAAUUCAACCCCAAGAAGACAGUCCAGAGGCAGUAAAUCGGGAUACUAUUAUACACCAGGGUUCAUCUGGGGAUAACAAGGUGUAUGAGCGAGAUUUUAAAGGAUGGGGUAACAAGGAGCAUGAGGAUGUACCAAACCCACAUGUCGAUGUGCUAAAAAUAACCCUGACCGAUGCGGAGACUAAAGAAGGUACGGCUGAACCAGAGCAAGCCAAUGAAGACCCAGUCAGUGAUAUAAGGACUCAAGUAAAUGAAGGCGUUCUGGACUCAGUUUGGGACGAAAAAGAGGUGGGAAAAUCGGAUGCAGAUGCCAGUAGUGGUACGGAAAAGGAUAUCAAAGAGGUGGAAACACAUGAGGUAAAUAGACCUGACUCCUACCAGUAGAAAAAGAAAAAUUUCGUUUCAGCUGGUAAAAAUUUCAAUUUGGGGGAAUGCCGGUUUUUUCAUUUCACGUUUUUCAAAUUAAUCUUAUACAAAAAAUUUUUUUUAACUAUCAAGAUGGAUUUUUCAGUUCGGUCAAGAUGAAUUUUGCUUCAUCUCACCAAAGAGGCUUUUAGGGAAGUACCGGAUAUCACAUCCGGCCAGAUAGUGAGAUAAUCUCAUCCAGUAUCCGGCCCGAUAUUACUAAUAUAUUGGAUAUUGUUUAUGUGAGGUUCAAGCCGUCUUUUCAGGUCAAAAAAUGAUUUGAUAAGGUUAAAAAGUUGGGUUGUUUAUCAUAUUCUCACUUGAAAUGAUCAUAGAAAGGCUGGCAGUAUUUUCAUGAUUUUUCAUGGUCGUUUGUAAAUGCGGAAUUGUACCUUUCCUCGAUUUUUGUCACUAUGCCUAUACAUUUGUUUUGUAACAUUUAUAUGUUAACCUCACCGAAGAUGUUAUCCCUAUAACCUUAACCCUAAACCUUACCCAAAACCAAUACCAAUAAGUUAGUUCGUAAGAAAGCUAGAAGCCAGAAUUCAACAGUUUUCUAAUUCUGUUUAACAGGAAAACUCGGAAGACACUCGAACGGAUAGUUUCGUGGUGGAAAAUGAUCAGAAUAUUGAGAUUAAUAAAGACGAUGAUGUUCUAAGCGAGAAUCUAAGCCAAACGGAACUGACGGACAGUGGUCUUGAAAAUUCAGAUACCAAUAUUAUGAAACAAGAUUUAUCCGAAGGGCAAUGCGAGAUGAAAGAUGUCACAAAUUCCAAGAUAUCAGAGGAGGCCGGUUCUUCAAGCAAUGAUCCAGGUCCUACAAUCAAUGUCGAUACAGUUCCCACCCAGGCGCCGGGCAAUGGAAAUACGUAUGGCAAAAAAGAAUCGAUAUUUGUUACAUUGAGCAGGAAGAUCAAAGCGUUAGAACAGAAUGUUACUAUGACGAAUUUGUUCUUGGAAGAACUCAGUCAAAGGUACGUUCUUGAUAAUACUUUUAGGAAUAUAGCAUAAAACUAGUUUAGGUAACAUGCAUCAAGGGUCUGAUCCUAACGUAAACACAGAUGCCAAAAAAGUGUACUACUAGGGGGGUCCCAGAAAAAAAAUGAAAAUCGGGUGUCCCAGAUUGGCCAUACAGUAUUUGUUAUAUCAUUCUAUAGGCUAUAUAUUUAUACACUAUCACACUAUUAAUAUGUAUAUGUACUUACAAUUCCAUGUCAACAGUACAGGUAAUAUUCUUUCUGUUGGGAAUUUUUGCCUCUGAAUUUCUUGUUUUAUCUAAAUUAUUACAAUUAUCUUCUUUCUUGGGGAAAUAUUUUCUGGGAAUCCAAAAAAUUUCCUCGGACCAUUGGUCCCAUGGUCCGAUACUUUUUCCACCCUUGCUGCUUUUUGACGAUCUUAAUUUAGCUUCUCUUCAAAUGAAGGUACCGAAAGUCGAUGGAUGAGAUGCAGAAGAAGACGGAAAAGAAGUUCUCCAUGUUGUCGAAAAAUUUUAAACUUCUCACCAAAAUUGUACGUGUAACUGUUGAACUAUAUAGUAUGACUAUUUGAUUAUAGGCUCAGCUGAUUAUAGGCUCAGCUGAAGCCUCUAUUAAAUAUGGCUGAAGUGAUUUUAACUGAGAACAUCGAGGAGUAACGUUUAUGCAAAUCAGGAGAAUUCUGCAUAUGUGGAUACGACAUCUGAUUAAUCAUUGAUUUCUUUUGAAUUUAUUUCUUGAAUUAUCACUGUCGUUGCAAUGGAAGUGUUGAUAAAAUAUUGCAUCAAUUCAUUACUUAGAACUGAUCAAUUCAUUCGUUGAAAAAUUGAUCAACUUCUUGUGUGUUUGAAUCAACCAAUGGCUUUACGUUUCAGUGACUGAUUGACUAAUUGGGAACGAGCAUGCCAGUAAACAGGAAGUUGAUCAAUUUUCUAUCAAAUUAAUUGAUCAACUUGAGGAAGGAAUAUUUUAUCAACACUUCUAUUGCAUCGACAGUAAUGAGUUUUACAAUUACCUUUCGGUCAAGAAAACACAAAAGAAAUCAUGACCGUGAAGGAGAUUUUACAUGAACUUGCGAUUACUAUAUUUAUUAUUAGCAUGACAAAAUUACUGGAUGCUGAUUGGUUGAGAGGAGUACAAUUAUUUCAUUAAUUGUACUGCAGUACAAUUAAUGAUUUUCCCAAAACAAACAAAAUGGCGGAAAGGGUAUUUUAAACACAAAAUUGCCCUAGAGGAACUAGAUGAAAAUACGAACAAAAGCGCCAAAUUUUUCUUUAACCUUAACAAAAGAACUAAAUGAAAAUACCAACAAAAGCACAAAAUUUUGGUUGAAAGUCUGGCAGGACUGGGCUUUGGCGAGAGAAUAUGAUGUUGACAUUGAGAAGUAUAGAGAGAAUAUGAUGUUGACAUUGAGAAGUGUCAAUGCUAAUAAUAAACAAGUAAUCAUGCGAUGUUGCUCGUACAAUUAGGGAUUAAUAGUACUCAUGAUGUUUGAAAAUUUGCUAAAUUGGACUCGCCCCGGCGACUCGUCCAAUUUUGGCAAAAUUUCCAAACAUCACUCGUACUAUUAAUCCCUAAUUGUACUCGCCAUCGCAUGAUUACCUGUAUAUAAAGCUCGACAACUGGACUCUGUAGCUCAGUUGGUUAGAGAGCGUUGUAGUACUUAAGUUACAAUAUUAAAUGUUGUGUGUUUCUUGCAGAAUUUAUCUCAGAAUUCAACGAUCCUUGCUCUGACAAACAGGAUAGAACAACUUGAAGAGAAGUUGAAUGAAGCCACUUCUAGAUUAAAAGUUGUCAACCAAGAGGUUUGUUUAUACUGUACAUACGCAAGUCGUCAACAAAAGUUGUGUUCGCACUGCUUGUCCCAAGUUGCCAACAAGUUUGGAACGAGCUGUGAACAUUGUAACAACCUUGUUGAUAUUAUCAGAUUUGUUGCAAGGUUGUUCCAACAAGUCCGAUACAGUCGUGAUAUAACAAUAUUGUUACAACCUUGUGUCGUUAACCUUGUAACAUUCUUGUUAUAUCAUGACUGUAUCAGACCUGUUAGAACAACUUUGCUCCAAGUCUGAUAAUGCCAUCAAGCUUGUUACAAGUUGUUAACAGCUUGUUCCAAACUUGUUACAACAAUUGGGAACAAGCAGUGCGAACACAACUUGUCGACAGCUUGCAUGUCAACAGAUUUGUAACAAGUUCUUUGUAUGUUUGCAUGGCGAUAAAAUAUAAAUAAAUAUAAAUACGUGGUGUUUCCACAAACAAAACUAUUAGAUUUGUAACAACUUGUUUGCAGACUCGUAACAACUUGUGCGUUUUUACGUGUGUAGUUUAUGAUGAUAAAGAAAAUUCAAAUUUAGGAAAUUCAAAAUAAGAAAUAUUGCCAAACUUUUUUCACCAGGUUGUCGAGCGUCACGUGCUUGGCAUGUGUAUUCAGGUACUGCUCGUCGUCAUCAUGUGGUUUGUACUGCGAGGCAAGAAUGAACAGCCUGCCAGACAGACGUGUGUUGGAAAUGGACAUUUGAAGAAUGGCAGUGUGCUGUGUAACGGAAAUGACUAUCACCAACAAAAUGGUAAAUACUAGAGGGGAGGGGGCAUUCGACAGUUAACGUCGUCACGGAGAGAGGGAGGUACCUAUUAGUUGUUGGAUGACAGUUGAUUACCUAGGGGGGUUAUUGGUGAAGAUUGUGUCAUCAAUAAAGCCCGGUACAGAAGAGCAAAUUUUUCCUUGCCAAAGGGCAAUGUUCCAAAGCUAGUCCUGUCAGCUUUUGGACAAGGAAAACUUGACAAGUGUACAAAAAAUACUUCUGAUGUUGAAAUAGGUUUCACAACUUGUGAAGUAUGAUAAGAAAUGUGUAUUUAUCUUAGGAACUAUUGAGGACAUAGAACAAGAGGAGAAUUAUCUUAAAGAAUAUAGGCCUAAUGCAUCAGUAUGAUAAGAAAUGUGUAUUACUUUAUCUUAGGAACUAUUGAGGACAUAGAACAAGAGGAGAAUUAUCUUAAAGAAUAUAAUGCAUCAAAGGUAAAAGACUUUUCUAUAUUCUAGAAAUACAAGCUAUCGAUAAAGCGAUACGUGUUUAUUCAUAAUUCUUAUUCCUUUGUUAGCCAUCGACACCCGAAGCAAUCUCAGACACGAAACGUAGACGACGUCGCAAAAAUCGUCCGAACUCUGUGGCGUCCGACCAUGCAUUAGACCAAGAACCUACCCAAGGCCAAAACAUUGUCUCCAGAACUGCCGGCCUUCUUUUCCAUACACCAGGUUCCUACGAUAAUAUCCGACCUGCUACGAACGACUCCGGCUCCUUACGAUCGUGUAGCACCGACAGUUUGAGUAGAGUGACCCAGGACGAGCGAAAAUUGAACGCCAAGAAAUCGGCAUUUUCUCCGAAAUCGAAGAAAGUGCUAUUCCGAAAUAAAAAGGACGCGGAUGACGGAAAAUCGAGAACUUGUAUAUCGGAGGCACGGAUGACAAGAGAGCGGCAUCAUCGACCACACACGAAGCUUGUGCGGUCGAAAAGUUCUGGUGAAUGUUAUGAGAACAAGUUAGCUAUCUCUGACAUUGCUCUAUCCACAUCUGAUCCUAAGAGAUCCCUAGGUAAUGCCAGAUGUUCGCUGCAAUCCACAAGUGACCCGUUGAAGGAUCAGAAAAGCCGCUGGAUUUGGGGUCUUGGAUAAAACUUAUAUCUUUUUUUCGUCAGCAUGUAAUUUAUUUUCGUUCCUUGUAUUUAUAGAAAAUCACAUGUCAUUCCAUACUAUUUAUUCAACACAUUGAAAUUUUAAAGUCUAAUAUUUUGAUACAAAAAUAGAACGUAAUUGUUUUUAGAGUAAAAACAGUGUCUGCUAAAUUAAAAUGAGUAUAAGUUUAUAAAAUAAUCCCUUAAAAUUUACCCUAUCAAAGUUUCCUUGACUCUGUAAUUAUGUAAAUUGGCUUUUUACAGUAACAUUUUACAGUAACAUAUGCGAAGCUUAUUCCGUUGAAAGCUGUACUUAAUACAAAUCAAUCUCUUGGGCCUCUUGUCCAUAUCUUAAAGUGAAGAGGCUUCUUUACUUCAUGCACGAUUAAUGUUUUAAAAAAUACAAAACAAGAGACACUCCGAAAAUUGUAAACAUUUUAAUUCAUUACGUUUCGACUAUAAUUUAAGUUAUCUUCAGAAGAAUGCCACGUAUUUCGAAAAGCCAACUAUUUAUAAGCUAGAUGCUUGCGUGUUCAAAGUUUGAUAACGUCAUUAAACUAACGGAAAAUUGUUAUUUUUUUCGACGCACGCGUACCAUGGUUCAAUGCUGGAUUACAACGAUGGAUAUGAAAAGCCUCUUUAAAUAACAAUAAUGGCCAAUCGUUAGAUCGAUCAAUUACUUUACAAUUACUAUAAAUUAAGUCUACCAAACUUGUAGAAUAAUUACAAUCUAGUAAAUUAGCUGGAAAAUUUAACAAAGUACGAAUAAACUGAAAUUCAUCAC